AUGGCACCAAAUCUGGACUCGUACUUCAAGACAGUCGACGCCAACGCCGAGGCUUUCAUUGACCGCUUGCGGAAAGCCGUAGCGAUACCGUCAAUCAGCGCCGAGGACGAGAGACGGCAGGAUGUGGUCAAGAUGGGCAUGUUCCUAAAAUCGCAGCUUGAAGCAUUAGGCGCGCAUAUGGAGGCAAGACCACUUGGCAAGCAACCUGGCAAAGAGCAUCUCGAGCUGCCACCUGCCAUCAUUGGCCGCUACCCGAAGGAGAAGGACGAGAGCAAGCGAACGAUCCUCGUCUAUGGUCACUAUGAUGUACAACCCGCGGCUAAGGUUGACGGCUGGAGGACGGAGCCGUUCGAGCUCAGCAUAGAUGACAAGGGCAGGAUGUACGGCAGAGGCAGCACAGACGACAAGGGCCCGGUACUCGGGUGGGUAAACGCAAUCGAAUCGCACCAAAAAGCCGGCGUGGAUUUCCCUGUCAACCUCUUGAUGUGUUUUGAGGGCAUGGAGGAGUACGGGUCGGAAGGUCUAGACGACUUCAUCGUGGCCGAAUGCAAGCCUGGCAAGUUCUUCGCCGACGCAGAUGCCGUCUGCAUCAGCGACAACUAUUGGCUGGGCACCGAAAAGCCAUGCCUCACCUACGGUCUCCGAGGUUGCAACUACUACAGCAUCGAAAUCAGCGGACCAGGCCAAGACCUCCACAGCGGCGUAUUCGGUGGCACAGCAGCAGAACCCAUGACCGAUCUCGUGCGUGUCAUGAACACACUCGUGGACAAAGACGGCAACAUCCAGAUCAGGGGCCUCUCCGAACUUGUCGCGCCCGUCACCAAAGAAGAAGAGAGCCUCUACACCAACAUCGCCUUCACCAUGGACGAUUUCUACGAAUCUCUGGGUUCCAAAAGCAGCAUCUUCGAAGACAAGAAGAAAACGCUCAUGGGCCGCUGGCGCUACCCUUCCCUCUCCCUCCACGGCAUCGAAGGCGCCUUCUCCGGUGCCGGAGCAAAGACCGUCAUUCCGGCAAAAGUCACCGGCAAAUUCUCCAUCCGCACUGUACCAGAUAUGGAACCGCACGAGGUCGAUACGCUCGUGUACAAGCACGUCGAGCAAGCCUUCGACAGCUUGGGGUCGAAGAACAAGAUGCGCUGCUGGCUGCAACAUAGCGGCAAAUGGUGGGUGGCCUCGCCCAAGCACUGGAAUUUCACCGCUGCGGCGAAGGCGGUGGAGAAGGUGUGGGGCGUGCAACCGGACUUGACGAGAGAAGGCGGCUCGAUACCCGUGACGUUGACAUUUGAGCAAGCGACGGGUAAGAAUGUGCUGUUAUUACCCAUGGGCUCGAGCACGGAUGCUGCGCAUUCGAUCAACGAGAAGUUGGACCGGAGGAACUACAUUGAGGGUAUCAAGCUGCUCGGGGCAUACCUGCAUUAUGUGGCGGAAGAGCCUAUGAAGGAGGCUUAG